AUGUCACAAAUUACUAUCAUUGGAUCAGGUAUAAUUGGUUUAUAUACUGCUUUCUUGUUAACUGAAAGAGGAAUUGAUCCAAAGAAUAUUAAGAUUAUUGCUGAGUUUUUACCAGGAGAUCAAUCAAUCAAAUAUGCUUCCCCAUACGCUGGAGCUUAUUUUUCAGCAUGUAUCCAUGAAGACAGUUUGAAAUAUAGUAAAUAUACUUAUCAAAAUAUUGAAACUUUAAAACUGAAGCUUGGAGAAAAUUCAGGAAUUGGUAGUGUUCCAUCAACUGAGUAUUUAGACAAAAUUCCUGCUGAUGCUUAUGUUGAGAAAUUGAAGAGCUUCUUGCAUGAUUUUGAAUUGGUUACCCCACCUUCAUAUUUAACCACCGCUAAAGUUGGGGUAAGAUAUAGAGCUUUUGUGUUUAAUGCACCAUUACUUAUCGCAAACAUUCUUGCUUAUGUUAAAUCAUUAGGCGUUACAGUUGAAAGAAGAAAAUUGAGUCAUGUCAAUGAAGCAUUCAAAGAAGGUGCCACUACUGUUUUCAAUUGUUCUGGUACUGGAUCAAUGGAAUUAGGAGGAGUUCAAGAUCCAAAAAGUUUUCCAACAAGGGGUCAAGUUGUUGUUGUUAGAGCUCCUCAUAUCAAAGAAUGUAUGUCUUUAUGGGAUGAUGCUUCAACUUAUAUUAUUAAGAGACCAGAUUCAAUCAAUGAUGAAGUUAUCCUCGGAGGAUUUUAUCAACCUGAGAACUUUGAUGCUAACACAUACGGAUAUGAAACUGAAGAUAUUUUGAAAAGAGUAACCAAAUUAAAUCCAAAACUUUUAGAAGACAAUGAAAAGGGGAAGGAAAUAAAGGAUUUACAAAUCCUCAGAGUUGUGUCAGGAGCAAGACCAUCAAGAAAAGGUGGAGUUAGAAUUGAAAAGGAAGUUACUGAAUUAGGAACUAUUAUUCAUAAUUAUGGUGCUGGUGGUCAAGGGUACCUUUGUGGUUUAGGAAUGAGUAGUGCAGGAGUAGAUCUUCUAAUUUGA